GAAUAUACAGGUAUUUUACUUCUUUCAAAAUACUACCACUUAUCUGUUCAGACAUUGUAAUUAAAUAAUAUCAAUAUUAUCAUGUCAUGAUAAGCGAAUUAUUUGUAGACUAGGUUUCGACAGCUACAGCAGUCAUCGACGGGCUGUAGCUGUCAAAACGUAGUCUAGAUUAAACUCACUUGUUCACGACGUGGUAAUAUUGAUAUUAUUCAUUAUUUUAAUUUCGUUAUCAACUUGUAACAUGCACAGUCUGAUGAUAUAUAUUCUAUAUUUUAUUUCUGUCAGGAGAUGUUUCUUUCUUCUGAAAAGCGAUCCACUUUUAUUUGCUGGCAGAAGAUUUAGUAGUGGACGACGAUUUGUGAGUACUAGAAGACGUUUCGUGAACACCAGAAGACGUUUCGUCAACACCAGAAGACGUUUUGUCAACACUAGAAGACGCUUCGUCAACACCAGAAGACGCUUCGUCAACACCAGAAGACGUUUCGUCAACUCCAGAAGACGAUUCGUCAACACCAGAAGACGUUUCGUCAAUACCAGAAGACGUUUCGUCAACACUAGGAGACGAUUCGUCAACACCAGAAGACGUUUCGUCAACACUAGAAGACGCUUCGUCAACACCAGGAGACGUUUCGUCAACACCAGAAGACGUUUCGUCAAUACAAGAAGACGUUCCGUCAACACUAGGAGACGAUUCGUCAACACUAGAAGACGCUUCGUCAACACCAGAAGACGAUUCGUCAACACCAGAAGACGUUUCGUCAACACUAGAAGACGAUUUACUAACACAAGAAGAAGAUUUAGCACAAAAGUGAAAACUGAGGGCGCACCAAAGGUUUCAGACAACGCAGGAAGGCUGUGGGAAAAUUAGUAAAGUUUGGAUACAAGCUUUACAAGUCUUAUAAAUCAAAAAAUGCAAUCAACCAAGCGUUAAAAGGAUCUCGGAUCAUCAACAAUAAAAAGAAAGGAUUCACCAUCUCUCAAAGUAAACUAACCUAUAGAAAAGCAGAGAAGUUAUUUCGUGAAACUGUGGAAGAGGUAACUAAAAGUGGCAAAGGAAUAACUGUUGGACGCACAUACGAUGGCAGAACAUUGACGUUGCGUCGAAUUGGUAAUAAUGGCAACACCUUGGAUAUCAAGGACGCGAGUGGACACAUAACAAAGCUCAGAUUGCAAUAAUCAGUUAUUUUUCAUCAUGAAGCUAUUACACUUUAUUUGUUUUUUCGUUAACACUAUCUUAAAUGUUUGUUUUAUUAAAUAUACAAGGUUUUAACCAUUGGCAAAUUUUAGCUGAACCUUGUU